GCCUCGGCGGUCGCCUCUCACCGGGUCCAGGGGCUGGCGGCCAUACUCAGAUCCCAGCGAUGAGGUGGACCUGGAGUCAAGCGUGAGCGAGGACACGCUGGUUACUGUAAGAUCUGCACCGAUCCCCGAGCGACGGCCCAGCACCGAGCUUCGCCUGGCGGAGAUCGAAGGUCUCCAGAAGGCCCUGGCUUCCGAGGAGGGCCGGCACUGCCGGGAGCACUUCGCCGUGCGGCGGAGGCUGCAUCAGCUGCAGACAGCACAGGCUCGUGCGAACGAAGGUCAGAUCCCCGAAGCCUGGGGCUCUGGGCCGGUCUUGGAGGAGGCGCUGCGCACGCGGCGCUCCGACGGCGCCACGGUGGACGACCUGGAGCAGGUGAAGGCUGCUUUGGAAGAGCUCCGGCGGGGUGGGGAGGAAGAGCGACUCCACCGCAGUCAGCUGGAGGAGCGAGUCUUGCGGGAGAUCGAGGACCUCAAGUCCUUCUCGCCCUGCCCCUCCUCGCCGAGCCUUGCGACGCUGGAUCGCCACCCCACCAGGAGUCAGAGUCGACAGAAUCUUCUGGCAGAGGAGCGCGAGCGCAAGCGCUCUCAAGCCAACGAGGCACUUCAUGCCGAGGUGCUGGAGCUCAAUGAGACUCUGGCCGAACUCCGGGUGACGUGUGCUGACGAGCUCGAGGCGCAGCGCCUGGAAAAGCGGCAGGCCCUCUCCGAGCUCGCCCUGGCACAGGAGCAGCUCGUGCAAGCACCCUCCCGCGAGGAGGCUCUGAAGGCAGAGUUGGUGCAGGCGGAAGCCGAGCUUGGAAAGGCGCGGCACGCCGUGAAAGAGCAAGACGAAGCUCUGAGGGCCUUCUGGAGCCUCCAAAACGCCUACCAGCACGAGCUCGGGGAGGUGGAGAGGCAGAGGAAGCAGACCGCAUUCCUGCACGAGGAGCUCGCAGCCGAGCAAUCCCGGAACAUCCGCCACAGCGCCGAGGCCGACGCCGCCGGCGCGCUGAGGGCGGAGGUGGCCAACCUUUCCGGCUGCCUGCGACCCCUGGAGCAGACCGUUGCGGGCUUCGGCGACUGGGAGCAGACCUGCCGGCAGAGUCUGAAGGAUCUGCCGAAAUCCUUCCAGGACGAGGUAGAGUCUCUGAUGCCGGAUCGUGUUCACCCGCCGGCCAGCCUGGACGCGGAGAUCAGGCAGCACUCGGAGUGGUGCUCCGCCACGAUCCGGAAGCUCUCCAGCUUCGCUGCCUCGAUGCUCCAGGAGAACGCGAGGCUACGUCAGCGCCAUGUCGAGCAGACACAGCUCCCGCUGCCGGCGGUUCAGGCCGUUCUGGAGCCACCGGCCUCAGCGGACGAGGCUGGCGGUCGCAGCGUCAACGUGGCGCGGCGGCAGCUGAACAUGUGUUUGGAGGCCUUCAGCCGAGGCCGCGAUGAAGAGGCCGCCGCGGCUUUGGCGGCAGCCGAAGGCGCCAAGCUGGAGGACAAGCCCAAGGGCGAGGCACGGCUAAAAGCCAUCGAGAUGCGCUUGACGAAAGCCGAGGGGUCCAUGCGAACUGGGUCCAAGCAGUCGAUGCCGGCAGCAAAGAAGGAGCUUUCCCAGAGGAUCAUGGACGAGAAGAGAACAUUGGGUGUUCCAAAAGUGCGCAGCUCCAGCACCCCCGAGACUUGGGUGAUACACACAGAUGGUUUGGCAGUGUUGGGCAGCCCGAAUGCCUUUCUGAAAAUCUGGAAUUGGGGUGGGCAUUCGGGAGAAGCCACCAAGGACAGCUCCGUGGCCUCAGAGAGCUCUGCCGCUGCUUCUCAGGCAUCAGCUUCGCCGCACAAGGCCAGCAUAGGGGCUCUGCUCUUUGGAUCAGGCCUCCGCCUCGCCCCGCUCGCCGAAGCCCUCGCCGCGCUCGGCCGAGCCGGGAAAGCACCCGGCGACCUCCCAGUGCCGGCAGCGCAGCCCAAGGGGGCAGCUUGA